AGCAUAAUAAUUUGUGGGAGUGUUGGGUAGACGUAGCAUCAAGGGCUGACGGACAAACUUACACGGGCAUCCCAUUAUAACUUUCAUCAUAAUUACUAUGUACGGCCACCAGAAGUAGUUGGACUGGUGAUUAUGAUAGGUGUGUAGCAUUUGAAACGAGUGGGAUCGUGCCAGCAUGAAGCUGCAGCUUGCUACUUGAAUGAAAUACGAAGUUCUGAUCAGGUAGUGUCGAGUACUGUGCACAAUGUAGCUAUGACAGACACCAGCGUGAGCAAUGCCGCGGUAUCACCACAGCACUGGGUCUGGGCUGAGUGCAGCAAUGCCGUCCUCGCAGACUGCUGCAGUGGAGAGUCAUGCGACAGCUUCCAACCAACUUCUCGUGCGAAGGCUCUUGCCUGCUGGCAGCAGUACCGGUCUCUGUUGAGGACCAUCGAAGGUCUACCAUGCAGCCCAACCUCAGUUCACUGUGAACUACUAGUGCGGCACAAUGCUGCCGCCGUCCUAUUGCUGAUAGAUGGCCAAGGCACCAAGGAUAGUGGUGAUGAUAGUGAUGAUGGACAUCGGGAGGUUUGCCCCGGUGCAGGUCCACUUCAUGGCGGCCUUCACGUCGCGCUGCAUGUCCUGGGCCAAGGCUUGAAUAGAGCUCUGAAAACCCUGUCUGCGUCUAUACAGCAGAGUGAGAUGAAUCAGGAUCACAGUGUUGGUGCUCCCUUCACUGCUGGCUCAGCAGCACGUGUUCUGAACAUUGACAGUGUUGCUGCUAUAGCAAGGGAUGAUGUGGCAGCAAUGGUGACAGCCUCUACUGACAUUUUCAAGGCUGUGAAGCAUUGCACUAAGUCUGAAGAUGCUAUUCGUCUCCUCGCCGCAUUGCUGACAUGUGUCUCCGCGAUCACUUACGGCCUGCAGCUGUUGCCUUCAGACCACGGUAUGAGCCAGUCGCUGUUUCAGCUCGGUGUGGACAUAUUAGGGUGCCUUGGCAGCAAGUCACCAACUAGAGGCAAAGAUGAGCCACAUAUCAACUUGAUUGGUGAAGGGCUGAUCAGUUUCUGGAGUUUCCCAGAUCUCAAGUUCCAUUUGUCCAACAUGUUGUGCUCAAUGGUGUGCGUAUGUGCGACUAGUAGUGGCAGCUUGUCAGCGUUGAGGAAAGUCUGCAAUGAGUGCUUUGGAGAGGGGGAGCACCAACAUGCUGAAUUGAUCUUUCUAGAAGCAUGGCUACUGUGUAGAAAUGGAGAAGCGGCACAAUGCAUAGAUCUGCUGGACAGCGCCGCCGACACACUCCGAGGCCAUCUUUCCUCGCAGGCCAAUCUUCUCGGGGGCAUUUGCCGUUUGCUCAUGGGUGAGCCUCACCGUGCCCUGCUCAAGCUGAAGGCCAGCAUAGUAGAUAACGUACUGCACGUGUCCAUACUGGCUAUGCUCUCGGCAUGCCACGUCUUCAAGCAGCUCAGAGAUUCCAAGUCUGAAGUCCAGUCCUGGAAGCAUGCUGCAGAGUUGUAUGCAGAGUACAGCAAUGGGCGCUCAGCAUGCUGUGAUUUCUCCCACAUGGUGUCCUUCGCUCUGUCAGGCACUGGACAUGGUGGUGCUGAUCAACGUGACACCAGUCGGCCAUCCUUGCCAGUCUUGCCGGCGUUGGCAAUCCACCGUCGUUUGCACAGGGUCUCCGUGCACCUGUCCGUGCCGCACCACCAGCAGCUCUUGCAUGCCUAUGCACAGACCCUACUGUCUCGGCACUCUGCUCCUGAUAGUGAUCAAGAUGACGACACUCUGGAUAGAUGCACAUCAAUAUACAGCAGACUGCUGCAAGCUAUGACGAAGGCAUCAUCACUUUUCACCAGUCAGGUAUUCUGUCAUGCUCUAAAUGACAGUGCGGCAUACUCUAUGACAUUGCUGGAGUAUGCUGCAGCACUGCGCGAUGCCUCCCAGCCCGAGGAUAGCACUAGGGUCUGCCUCAAGUUACUCAGCUUCUGCUCGGCGCAUGCAGGCAGUCAGUCAGCUAAGCUUGGAAUACGUGUUGUCAAUGAAGCCAUACUCACAGUGUCCCGGGGAGGUGAUUGCUUUUCUAAGGACACCGGCACCGUUACAUCACGGAAGAGGAAGCACGAAAUUUCGGAUUCAACGUCUGAGUAUGAUCCAAAUCACAUUCAGAUUCAGUUUCUGGAGAGUGCAGCUUGGCUAUGUCGUGCACUCAAUCUGCGUGCAAUGCGGCAGGUUGAUGAGGCUGUGGAAAGUUUACGAAACUGCAUCGCUACGUUGGAAGACUUGCCACCUUUGUCAGUGGCCUCUGGCAUAUCUAGUGGUGCAUGUAACCAGACUACUACUGUCAAGGAUCUGUACACAGUCAAGGCUGAAGCACUGUACACGCUAGCAGAUGUGCUGCACGACCAGUUCAGUACUGAUAAUGACCAUCGUCAUGUGAUCAAAGAACACCUGCAGAAUGCAAUCGCAUGCUGCACCCAAGUUAGCAACAUGUGAGGAGGAGCAUCCUUGCUGCUGGACCAAUUGUUGAUUUUUUUUAUCUUGUCCAAACUAGCCGAAAGAUGAAUAUUGACACACCCACACACAUUGUGACAUUUCAAAAUAGCCGGUGUAUCAUCUGUACUUAGUCUCACACGAAUCCCGACAUUACUUGCAGAACCGCAAUAAAGAAAGCCAGGCGAACUUACAGAGAACGAUAUAUGAAAAGCAGCAGCCAUAUGAAAACAAUAAUCACUCUUAGCUUGCUACCAGAGACAUCCAGGGUAUUAAGUUUGCUGCACGAUAUAGCACUAUUAAAAAUAUGGUCUCUCUCCAAUGUCUAAGAUAUGAACAUGAUACUUAUGUUGAUAAAAAUAUUGAGCUUACAUUACGUUACUCUCAUGACAGCUCUGUACAUACCAAGAACGUUUUGACCAUGAAAACACUUCUACAAUUUCUACAUCCCCAGAAACUUAAAUGAAAAUCCAUGACAAUUGCAUUGGUUUCUUU